UGGUGCCCUUCGUGGAGUACUGUGUGUGUCAUGCCUCAGUGCUCACCAUCUUGGUCAUCAGCUUCGAACGCUACUACGCCAUCUGUCGACCUUUGCGUGCCUCCUACACCUGCACUAAGAUGAGGGCCUGCACCUGUAUCCUCACCAUCUGGGCCGCAGCUGUCAUGCUGUCUUGCCCCAUGCUGGUGAUGAGUCAACACAAGAGAGUGCCGUAUGUAGAUGGGAGUAAGGUGACCGUGUGCUUCACUAAUCUGACCUCCUUCUGGGCUACCCUCUACAUCAACCUCGUCACCGCCAUCUUCUUCUUCGUCCCCCUCGUCCUCCUUAUACUCCUCUACCUGGUCAUCGGCAGGAGCCUCAUGCAGGACUCAGCCUCAGCAGCUCUCCAGCACCGCAAGGUUGACCUCCCAAACAUGAAGGCUCGCAGACAGGUGGUGGUGAUGUUGGCUACAGUGACGGUCUUCUUCUUCGUCAGCCUCUUCCCCUUCCGAGUCUUUACACUGUGGAUCGUCUGGACGCCCGAGGAAGUGAUCAAGACCCUCGGGGCACUACGCUAUUACAGCAUGUUGUACACUGCCCGGGUGAUGCAGUUCGCCAACUCGGCCGUCAACCCCAUCCUCUACAACCUGACGUCCACCAAGUUCCGGGAGGCCUUUCUCAAGCUGCUGAGUAACGACCGGCGACGACGACACUUGAGCCGCCAGUCCACCUUUAAUACAACGGGGACCUCCAUGUCGAACGGGCGUAGCGGCUCCUCACGGACAAUCCCCACGGACUUAGGCUCCCUCAAGGACGCGACGUAUCCUGCUAGGGUGGCUCUUGCAAAAUGUGGCCGCCAUGCUUCUUUCGACGACUUUCCAGCGCCUCGACCUAACAUGGCGCGCUACGGUCGUCAGAGCAGCUUCGCGGGAACCUACUGUCUCCCCAACAGCACGAACAGUAACAGCAACAGCGUCGCCUGCAGCCGCCAGAACAGCCGGGCUGGAGAGAAUGGGGUCCUGAGUCCUUUGGAGGCAAGAAGGUCAGUGGAGGGAGAGAAAAGGCACUCAGGAGAGGGCCGUCGACUGCUGGAAGGCGAGCGACAGUCGUCCUCGGCCUUCAACACUGACAUGAUCGAGGAGGAGAGAAGUUCCGGCGGUGUGUCCAGACUCGACAGCGUCAGGAGGGAUCAACAGAACAAAAUCGCAACAGAAAUGGAGAAACUGCUGUCUGACGAAUGCUUAAACACCGAGGCAGGCGACUCGAAAACCAUGGCUGGAGCGCCAGGCGAUGCCGUAAACGAGAUGAACUUGAAACAAGGGACGGGUGAAUGUAAAGUAGAAGUGGAGUUCCCCAGCAACAAUGAUGGUGUCACCUCACAGGACCCAGGAGAGAGGGGGACGACGGGGAAGCAAGAUAUAGCAUCUUCAUCCAAAGAGAACGGAGAUAAAGAUACAAUCACUAAUACGGAUAAUGGGAAAAGUGUUCAGUUUUGUGAUGGGGUGAGUACAGAAUUUAGUGUAGUGUGAGCGAGACUCCCACAACUUUUAGGGCAUUACCUCUGGUCUCCACCAUCUUGGUGAUCUUCCUACGGGUUUUAAGAUCUGGAUGAGGAAUUCACAAAACAUCGUACGCUAAAUAUCCUUGAAAGCUGAAGAUGUUAGAAUAUAACUAACUGGCUAACUUAAGCUAAAUCACAAAACGAAUAGAUAAAACAUAUGAAAAAUUACAUAAAACUAUUAAGUGAAACUCUUCCUAAACUAGAUAAAUUAAAGGUACAGAAUCUAUUGGAAAAUAUUCUGUACCAUAAAACAAAACAAAAAUGGUGUUAAGUUAACGUUUCUAGUAGAAACUCACUAUAAUUUUGAGACUUUCUAGAUGUUAUUUUUACGUAUCUAGUUAUGGUAGAGUCUUAGUAUAAGUUUGCUGUUAUUUUAGGAUUUUAGUAAAGUGUUUUAGCCGAAGUUAGUCAGUUAGUUGCAUUCUUACGUCUGCAGUUGUCAGGGAUAUUCCUUGUACCAACCUUUGAGAGCUUCGACCCUAAAAUACUUCUCGUUGGUAGUAAUCCAAAGUUGGUGGUCUAAUUUAUCAAGUUUAUGUUC